UGUCCUAACGCCAUCGCGAUGCUGGAGAAGUGUGUACCUUGUCGGCUGCCGUAGUUAUUGUUGCGUUUCGUUGAUAAUUAUGGCGUCUUUGAUGUUGGGCUUGGUUUUGAAGCGAUGUGUUGUCCUGAAUUCUGGUUCAAAGUUAUUGCUAAACCCUGCCAGGUUGACCAGCACAUCAGGAUGGAGCCUAUCGGAGAGCAAAGGGGACAAGUCUGAGGUCAUCACAGUCGAUGAGAAACUGAACAUCGCCCCAUUAACUGGAGUGCCCGAGGAGCACGUGAAGACCCGAAAAGUCCGCAUUUACGUACCCACUCGCACAGCCAUGCAGUCUGGAGUGAAUAACACCCACAAGUGGAAGAUGGACUUUGACACUAGAGAGCGAUGGGAGAAUCCUUUAAUGGGCUGGGCCUCCACGGCUGAUCCUUUGUCCAACAUGGUCCUCACUUUCAGUUCAAAGGAGGAUGCUGUCGCAUUUGCUGAGAAGAAUGGCUGGAGUUAUGAUAUACAAAAACAGAGGAUGCCAACACCGAAGUCAAAAUCAUAUGGAGCCAAUUUCUCUUGGAACAAAAGAACACGGGUGUCCACAAAAUGAGAAAUUACUGUAUUUUGUAUGCCCUACACCUGUAUGUAAGUGUUAAUAUUCAUAAUAAAGUUACUUACAAGAA